GUGUUUUUAGUAAAAUAGGACGAGCUGAUAAGAUAUUGGACCAUUUCACGGGUUACAAAAUCACGAAGGAAGAGUACUAGAUAAGAUAUCGCUGAAUUACUAUGAAGACUUAAAAUGGAGGUUAUUCCUGAUCUAGAGAAAUUGAAAGACAAGCUUCAGAUCCAGAAUGGUAAAAUUCACAAUCUUGAUAAGCAGAGCUUUUGGAAAGAUGAAAUGCCAAAUCUUAAGCGAAACUUGACUGAAUGCGAGGAAAUGGUACCACAGAUCAUAGAGAAAAUCAGAGAAUCGCCUCAGCUUUCCCGGGAAUAUGUGAAAAAACUAGAGGGAAGAAUAGAAUUCUUGGAACAGCGAGUCACCGAACUGGAAAAACAAAAUUACUCUCUCCAAACUGGUCAGAUUGCAUUUGACUUCGAAAAGGAUCUUGCAAUAUACAUAUAUCCAAACGGUAAGAAAUACGGAUCCCGAAAAAUAUUUACGAGCAUGAAAAAUUGGUUGGAGAUGAAAAAGGAGACACCGCAAGGAAGAGAAGCGAACAAGAAGUGGAAUGAUUUGAAGAAGAAGUUUUCCUGGUCGGAAGAACAUGAAAAAGUGUUCUUCAAAUUGCUCGAGUUCAGGAGGGUCUUUGCACAUCCGCAAGUUGAUCGUGAGGCGAUUCAAACCCAGAUUCCUGGCGACUUCAAUGAUGAGGAGAAGAAACGCAUUCGAGAUAUGCUUGGCAUGAAUAAAAAAGUAAACGAACUAAUGAAUAUUGAUUGAAAAAAGUCUAUCGAGACAGUCGCGACUGUCGCAUAUAUAAUUAUAUUAACGUACACACCAAAAUUAUACUUUUAAAUUAAAUGGUUGCAAAAAUACAGACCUGUUUCAAAAAAUAGACUUAGUCUAAAAUUUUGAACACCUGCUAGACCACAGUAAUCGGUAUAUCAUAAAUAUGGGCGUUCUUAAAAAUACUGUCACAUUCUAAAUUCCUUUCAAUUUAUUACAUAGUGCUCCACUAGACUAUAUAGUAACGAGGCCAUCAAACGGGCCCUCAAAAAUCAGAUGUAUGCGAGCCUUAUAAACACGGAUCUAAACUAUAUACGUGCACGCCAAGCCGGGUUUUAUUAAUAUUAAAUAUAUAUAUAUAUAUUAUU